AUGGUCUCCUCCAGGCGAGUGUGCCACGUCGUCGUGUCUUUGCCCACCCGACACAGCGCCAGCAUCAACGCGUGUGACAUCCGCAGUGGCAUGUCCGUGCAGGACCUGAAGUACUUGACAGCGCAGCGCCAGCGUCUCGAGUUCUGGAGUCGCAUGUCGGCGGCACGUCGGGUGUCGGUAGCUACGGACUUUGCGGACGCAUCGUCUCCAACGCCGACGUGCGAGUCGUCACUGUCUGCGUCGUCACCGCCACCGUAUUACAGUGACGGGUCGUGCUACUCGGGGACCUACAGCCACGCACCUCUUGUCAGUCAACACGGACACGCGUCCGACACGAUAUAUGUCACGCACGGCGGACAAGUCGUUUCGUUGCUGGCAGGCGUUGUGAACGCGCCGCAAGUGGACUUUGCACGGGACCAUUGA